UUGAUUCAGCUAUGUACAUGUAUGAGGUGAUCUUGUUUUUCUUGAUUUGUCCAUUUUGUCAAGGGCACUGGAGUUUGUUUGCCAGCUUGUCAACUACAAUCGGGGAAAAUAAUGUUAUUCUCUCCUGCGACUUUGAUGAUUAUAUCAAUGAAGAUAACAUAAUUCCUGAAAUGUUUCUGGAAAUCCGACAAAACAACACUAGAGAAGACUGGAAAGAAGUUGCAAAGACUAACGUCACAGGAUCCUACAUCCUCAAAACGGAUCAGAACUUUGAAAUUUAUCUUAUCACGUCUGAUAGAUGUUAUCCUGAUCCUGAAGUGUAUGUUGCAUGCAGGAUACAGAUUUUUGCGUCUUUAACUCUUAGCAGAUGUUCAAUUGACCCAAACCUUUACUCCAUUUUCCGAUGUAGAGUGUCCAACGGGAGUGAGAUGUUCAAAAGUCUAGAGAAAAGUAUCGUAUCGACCAAAGGUCAAUCUCCGAAGAAAAUUCAGGCCUUAACUAUUAUUAAAAGCAGCGGGGAAAAACCAGGAGAUGUGGUACAGCUUAAAUGCAUCGGAGAAGUUGAAAGCAUAAACGGUCUUCCUAGCCAA